UCGACUUUUUAUUGCUGAACAAAUGGGAGUCGUUCACAUUUUGAUGCCAAAUACAAAACAAUUACAAAAGGUGACAUUYCUUGACAUAAGUCACAAAGUUUUAACAUCAGAUAGGAAAGGCGACGAGAGAGGGUUUCUUAGUCUUGCUUUUCAUCCGGAUUACAGGAAAAAUGGUCGCYUUUUUGUUUACUACUCGACUCGAUUGAACAAAACUGCUGAUAAAGAUAACGACCAUAAAACCGUGUUAAGUGAAUUUACCGUCUCAACCCUCAACCCGAACAGAGCUGAUCAUGACAGUGAGAAAAUCAUUCUGGAAAUACCUCAACCAAGAUCUAAUCAUAAUGGCGGACAGAUUCUGUUUGGAUAUGAUGGCAUGUUGUAUUUGACAUUAGGUGAUGGUGGAUCUGCUGGCGAUCCAUUUGGCCAGUUUGGUAAUGGCUUAAAUUUGAACACUCUCCUUGGUUCAAUCCUACGUAUCGAUGUCAAUACGAAGAGUACAAACCCACCUUACAAAAUACCACGCGACAAUCCCUUCGUAUACCAUCAUAGCGCAAGACCCGAAAUUUACGCGUAUGGCGUGCGUAACAUGUGGCGUUGCUCGUUUGAUCGAGGAGACAAAGACGGACGUGGGAAAGGACGGUUCUUUUGUGGUGAUGUCGGACAGAAUAAAUUCGAAGAGAUCGAUUUAAUAGAGAAAGGCGGCAACUAUGGAUGGAGGGCUUAUGAAGCCAAUGAUUGCUUUGAUAGCAAGCAAUGUUAUUCACCAAAAUUGAGUAACGCAAUCUUCCCUAUUUUUGCGUACAAUCACUCGGUUGGCAAGUCUGUUGUUGGAGGUUAUGUAUACCGUGGAUGCCAGAACCCUAAUCUAUAUGGUUACUACAUAUUUGGUGAUACAUGGAGCAGUCGUUUCUUCACACUGAUCCAAAACAAAACUACAAGAAGAUGGGAUCACCGCGAAAUGUGCUUUGGAGACAAAUCAUACUGUACAGAUACACUGAAGGGAGAUUUUGAGCAGUUUGUCCUGUCAUUCGGUGAAGACGAAGCCGGAGAGAUUUAUCUACUAGCCGUACCUUCGCCAAAGGCAAAGACUCCUGUUGGUUCUGUUUAUCGUUUAGUUGAUCCAGCCAGGAGAGGGAAUCCCAGUGACUGCAAAAUCAAGCCCAAACCACCUCUCCCACUUACAACGCAACCUCCUAGUACCAAGCCCACCCGGCCAUGCACAGCUAAAGAUACGUUGACAGAUAUUUAUAAAGAUUAUGCGUACGGUACCAAAAGGUGUCAGAUGUAUAAGCAACGAGAUCCCAAGUGCCUUCGUUCGUGGUUUUACAAGAAGCAUUGUAAAAAGACUUGUGGAUUCUGUUAGCUCAGGCCUCGAAAUAUCUCGUCCAUAGCACCGAUAUAUGCAUAUGUAAUCAUGUCAUAGCCAAACAGGCAUAUAGAUAGGCAGCAAUCAAGAUAUUAUAUAAUCAUUAUGUAGAAGCAAUAAAGGUAAAAACACUGUAAC